GCUCGAGUCCCAUUUCGGCCGCGGAAGAGGCAAGCGGAGUGGCCGCUGCCGCUGCUGUUAUGCUCGCGCCACGGUGGCUGCUCGCCUCCCUCCUCCCCGGCUCGGCGGCCACGGCGGCUUCCGCGGGUGACUUCCUCGCCAUCCGUUCCAGGCAGCCCCUCCACGGCGGAAGCGUUUCUGCUCCGGAGACGACGGUAGCAGCGUGAGACCUGUCUUGCCAUCGCCGCCUUGCGCGCCUGCCGGCUUCGGAUGCUGCUUCUCCUGGCCUGUGGGUGCCGCGGGCGGCGGGACUAAUAUGCUCACUCGGAUGAGGUCUGCCAUGGCCAAUUUGGUGGGAGGCAUCAUGUCUGGCGGCUCGGUCUCGGAGGCCGGCGGGGGCUUGGAUUUGCCUCCCCGCUUUCCCUACGGCAGACCCGAGUUCCUGGGGCUGUCUCAGGACGAGGUCGAGUGCUCCGCUGAUCACAUCGCCCGACCCAUCCUCAUUCUCAACAAGGAGACCAAGCGCUUGCCCUGGACCACGGGAUACGCCGAAGUGAUCAAUGCAGGGAAAAGUACACAUAAUGAGGACCAAGCAAGUUGUGAAGUGCUUACGGUGAAGAAGAAAACCGGAACAACUAAUUCAACACCAAACAGAAAUUCCUCUAGUAAGCGGAGAUCAUCAUUGCCCAAUGGGGAAGGAUUGCAGUUGAAAGAGAAUUCAGAAUCGGAUAGCAUCUCUUUUCAUUAUUGGUCAUUAUUUGAUGGCCAUGCUGGAUCUGGAGCAGCUGUGGUAGCCUCCAAGUUGCUGCAGUAUCAUAUUGUAGAGCAGUUGCAGGAGAUUGUAGACAUCCUGAAAAACUCUGCUGUUCCUCCACCAACCUGCCUGGGGGAAGAGCCAGAAAGCAUGAAUGCCAGCAGCAGAACUCUAACCCGGGCAGCCUCAUUGAGAGGAAGCGUUGGAACUCCUGGUUCACCUGGCACUCCACCUACUCGUUUCUUUACAGAAAAAAAAAUCUCGCAGGAAUGCCUUGUCAUGGGAGCUAUUGAAACUGCAUUCAGGGAAAUGGAUUUGCAAAUAGAACGUGAAAGAACUGUCUUCAAUAUAUCUGGUGGUUGUACAGCUCUUGUGGUGGUGUAUUUACUGGGGAAACUCUAUGUGGCAAAUGCAGGUGAUAGCAGAGCCAUAAUAAUUAGAAAUGGAGAGGUCAUUCCAAUGUCUUCAGAAUUCACACCAGAAACAGAACGUCAGCGCCUCCAGUAUCUGGGAUAUAUGCAACCCCAUUUGCUGGGAAAUGAGUUUACACAUUUGGAGUUUCCAAGGAGAGUUCAGCGAAAGGAAGUUGGGAAAAGAAUGCUUUAUAGAGAUUUCAGCAUGAUUGGUUGGGCAUACAAAACCAUUGAAGAGGAUGACUUGAAGUUUCCCCUUAUAUAUGGAGAAGGCAAGAAGGCUCGUGUCAUGGCAACCAUUGGGGUUACAAGAGGACUUGGAGAUCAUGACCUGAAAGUGCAUGACUCGAACAUCUACAUCAAACCUUUUUUGUCCUCUUCACCAGAGGUAAGAGUUUAUGAUCUUCUCCAGUAUGAACAUGGACCAGAUGAUGUACUCACCUUAGCUACUGAUGGACUCUGGGAUGUAUUAUUAAAUGAAGAAGUAGCAGAAGCCAUCACUAAUUUCCUGCCAAACUGUGACCCUGAUGAUCCACACAGGCAUGUAACCUCUCUUCUGUACACACUAGCAGCUCAGGAUUUGGUAAUGCGAGCUAGGGGAGUGCUGAAGGACAGAGGCUGGAGGAUAUCCAAUGACCGACUGGGCUCAGGAGAUGACAUUUCGGUCUAUGUCAUUCCUUUAAUACAUGGAAAUAAACUCUUGUAAAAGCAGCAUCAGUGCUGGUACAGGAAAUGUUUGAUUAUUAACAAGAUCCUUUGAAAAAGACAGUCCUUUGAUAAAUGAAAGUAAUGGUUCAAACAUUCUCUUAAGCUUGAGUAACCUGAUCUCUUUAUACCUGAAAGCAAGGGCUGAUUUGCACAUCUCUUAGAGGUUGCAGCUUCCCUUAGCUUAUAUUAUUGGUACAUAUCAAGACCAGAACUUCAGUGCUGCUAGUAUAUUUAGUGCUUUCUUUUUAAUGUUCCUCCUGGUGAGGACACUGUUGUGAUCUAAUUUAAUUUAUUUUUCCCAGUUUAAUGUAGCCUAGAAUGCUAAAUGAGAUGUGAAUUGGGAAGACCAUAAUUGAAACUGGAUAGGCAGCCUUUAUUUUCCCAAUUUCUGUGCUAGCUUACUUUUAUUUAGAAGACACUUAAUUUAUAAUUACUAAAGUUAGAAAAGCUGGUAUCUACUUAGGUAUUGUUUGAAGGUAGUGAUGUUUCAGUGGAGAGGUUCUAGAGUUUUGCUUAUGCAUAUUAAUUCAAGCUUUUUUUCCUCUUCACUGUAAUGAAUGGAAGUUUUUUGUAUGUAUAGAUUUUUCUAUGGUGAAAUUAACUUUUUGGGUGGUGAAAUUAACUUUUUUCUGGUUUCAGUCUAGCACCUGUCAAUAAAAUUGCCUAAGAGAAUAGAGAAACAUUGGGUGGUAAAUCUAUUUUUGUGUUAUCUUUUUGUCAAAUGUGUAGCUAUGAUGUAGCAGACUGGGAGAUUAUUUUAGUUAAUAUUUACUUGUUAUCAGAUUUUUCAUGCAUUAAAUGCUUUGGUCUCCUCUUUCAAUGGUAUUCCUAUUGAAAGAAUUUUCUUACAAAUACUGUUUAUUUGGAUGUACUGUAUAAAUGUUUGUCUUGUUUUUUCUUUAGCUAUUUAAUGCUAGUGAAUAUUAGAACAUUCCUUUAGAACAAUAAGCUUCUCCCAUUUUCCUACUGUACUCUUUGAGCAUUAAUUUCUUUUACUGCUUCUAUUGUAAUCCGUUGCCAAGAUGCAGUGGGUAAAAGUGUAAAUUAUAAAUCCAUAUAGUAUAACAAGAAUUUAUGAACAAUAAGCUUCAUUAGUUUGUUUGUAAUUGCCAAUAUUAAUAAAAUAUCAAAAUAGAUAAGAAUAAAUAUUCCAGUAAGAAACUU